CGGAUACAGGAAUCCGCCAGCUUUAGCUUUCCAACGACGGGCAACGAUACCAGAGGUGCCAGGAAGGCAAGCAUUYYGUAUUAUUCGAACAAACUGUAUCGAAUCGGAUUCGAUUGGAUCGGAUCGGAUCGGAUCGGAUCUGAUUCCAAUCCUUGAAUWGUAGGUGGUGCACAGUGAAUGGAACGGGGCCACCUGUUUCGUUCGUCCCAGAUAUUAAACGGCGAUGAAGAGCUCGUCGUCCUCUAGUCGAAGGCUGAGCACGGGGGAGCGGAAAAAGAAGAAAGAGAGAAAGGGCAGGAGACACACAACGAUGCCUCAGACAACAGCCCUAGAGCUCGUGCAGACAGCCUUGAAAGAUCACGACGACAACGACAACGAUGGCGAGGCCAACCACCUGGAACCACUGGCAGCGACAAAGAACCGCAAGAAAAGUUCCAAGAUGAAAAAGGCGGAUGCUCUGGAAAAAACAACACUCGAAGAAGACGAAGAGGGACCAUCAAAACUUUUGCCCGGAUCAUCUCCCAUCACGCAGUCGAAGAAAAAACGAAAAUCAAAGAUGCCCAGCAGCCGAAAGCUGCUGGCCAACACGGACAAACGCCAGUCCAUGCCAAACCCCUCGUUUCGUGCAUCGGUGUCCAAAAGGAACAGCAGCAGCAGCGAYGGGAACCAUCGAACGCCCACACACCCCGUGCGAAAGGAUUCCUCGACGUCCAAAAACAGCAGCAAGCAACGGAGGUCCCGGCACUCCACGCUCGGUCACUCGCUUCAAACCUCCGCCUCCAAAAACAGCGGCGACCCCGACCAGCGCAGGUCUCGGCACUCCACGYUGAACCGCUCAACCCAUUCUUCGGCUUCCAAAAAUAGCGGCGACAAAGGCAGGGCCCGACACUCGGCCUCUGCACGCAUGYUGGAGGACGGAAUCGCGAAGGACGGCARCAAGAGCGGCAAAACCAAGAGCAAGAAACAGAACCGGAAAUCGGUUGCGGCGACGAUAAGCCGCUCGAGCAUGUACGAAUCGCCGUCGCUGGCGUCUUCCAACAAGACUCCCAGAACCAGCCAGAACCUGAGCAACACCCACCACACAACCAUUCCGUUGAUGGAAGAAGCCGAAAGCAUGGAGGACACGGCCGACGACAAUUCCAAAUCCAAGUCCCGGUCGUCCUCGAGACUGAGAAAGGCCAGGUCACUUUUUGGUGGACUCACGAGCAGCAGGGUAAUCCGAAGCAUGAGCAGCGACGAGGACCUCGGCGUAGAAAGCAGCAAACCCGACAACAAAACCGGCAGUWCCAAAGAAGCACAGUCUCUCCUGGGAUGGGCCAAGAAGAAAAUGGCCAGCACCGCAAACCUCAACUCAAACACAAACGUUCAGAAAASCAAGAAGGAAAAGAGAUAUAAACRAAAAAGCAAAGCGAGCGAGGCAGACGACGAUGCCGAUGGCAAAUCAAAACAAAAGAAUCUGUUGGAUCUCGUUGUGGGCGGAAUCACCAGUGGCCACAGCAACAACAAGCAGCCACAGGGAGCGAYGGAUGUUUCGUUUGACGACGAAAUUGCUUCGAACGAYAUUGACAAAAGCGAGCUUCUYGAGAAUAGCGAGCACCUGAAAAUCAAUCAYAGCACCAGCGGCAGAGGMAAUCUGAGCGGGAUGAGCGGAAUGAAUUCUUCUGGGACCAUGGACGGUUCCCARGAAUGUCCCCCGGUGUGGCAGAUCAAGGCCGUCGCCUCCCAGGACGGAAAUCUUGUCGACGACGRGGACAUCUCGGACAUUGGGGAAAACACGAACCACGACUACUUUCCACGCGAGGACGUUUUGGAGCCKGAGGUCAUCGAUGGAGUGACGGUGUUCUACCAUGCCGACAGCGACGACAUCGUGUACGAAAAGAAAAGGCACCCGGGAACGGUGUUUCUGCGUUCCAUUAUUCGGGAAAUCCUCGACGACACCAAUACCGACCGGUUUUCUCCAAAGAUCUACAAGCUCAUCAAGAAACGCCUCAAGAACCGAAAAUUUCUGGUGAGAUACAGUCCUUCCCAACCACAACCGGAUGUGCAGGACCUCGAUUCCUGGAGGGAGGCUACAAAACAAGAAAACAUUCAAUUGCUGGGGGCAGCCUUUGAGAAAGAACWCCGCCGGCAACGGAACGAGAUCGGCAGCGACGAUAGCGACGACGAUCCAUCCGAUUCCGAAAUCGAUAUCAGUCUGGAGGGGUCUGGCAGGGCACCGAGCUUCCAAGAAAUGAGCAAGGAAAACAAGCUAGCCAUGAUCAAAACUCACAGGAAUAACGGUGAUGAAGAUUCCAGCCCCACAAUGUCCUCGAUAAAACACACCGCGUUGCCAUUUGUUGUCCCCGCCGACGACGGUGUGGAACCCAAUUCCGCGUUGACUCCCCGUCAGGGCAACCUCGAACACAAUUUAASCUAUCGCUCGGAGGAAAGCAAUGCCAUGAAAGGAGCACUGCGUGAGUGCCGUUUGGCACGGGAAGUUCUUGCCGGUGACCAUCACGACGAUGCUGUCGUUCAGGAUGGAAUGGUAGCCGAGGAAAAACUCGCAUUGCUUCUGGCAAGGAUGGCUGAAACCGACGAGGAAGACGGUGAAGUGUCUUCCCCAAUCGGUCUCCUGAACGAUGCCCUCAAUCAGCUGGAUCGAGCSGCGCAUCGAAGGAAAUAUGCCAGCAUUGCCCCCCUUCUUGAACGAUUGCAGAAAAUCGAGAGCGAAAUGGAGCACUGUGUUAGUCGAAAACAACAGAAGCGCGAGACACGCAAGAAACGAUCGGAGCGACAAAAAGAACAGCAGAAAGACAAAUACCACAGCAACGAUAMAGGGAGGCAUGGCCGCAACGAACGGCAAGGCGACGUUCAAGCCAGCAAUGACGACCGUGCAUUGUAUGGAGACGAUACUGACUCCUGCGAUAUCUCCGGUCUCCACGACGACGUGGACUAUCGGUCCGAAGAAGAUCGAAAUUAUGACAACAACUUCGAYGGGGAUGACGACAGUGACGAUGAGUCACGAACGAAUUUGCCAAAUGGCCACAUCUUGAACCUCGACGGAUCCGAUGACGACGUGAGCAGCGUCGGCGAUUCGGGCAUCUACAGCGAAUCGGAAGACGAGAUGUCCGGUGAAAAUUCUCGUGACGUUGAUAUCUCUAGCGUUGGCGAUGACGAGGAUGGGAUAGACUCGGAUUCCGAUGAUGGCAAGCCGAAGAAAAUUUUAGAGAAAAAAAAUCAAAAGCUCGAGCAAUAUUUUGAUCGCGUCGACCAUCUCUUCCAGACGAGAAGAAAGUUCGAGGAGAGAGCCUCUGCCGUGGAUCCUUCCGGCAAGUUCCAAAAAAUAAAGGUAAAAGCUCAUUCAGGUGGUACCGUGAUCGAAGAAGAAGGACAGGUGUACAAGAAAGAAUACCAGCAGCGCGAUCCCAGUGAUCGCAUCGUGCGAAACCUCGACGACCUAUACGAAGCGGCGGAGCUUGCACAGCCCGAAUUCGAGUCCUUCCUUCGCCUCUUGGCCGAGGAGAUCAACGGACUCGACGUGACAGAAAGCCUGAUAGUUCCGAAGUUAAAAUCCCGGGACCGGGCAUUUGAAAAGGCCAACUCCGAAUACUUCCGCAGAAAUCCCGGACCACCCGAGUCGUGGCUGCAUGAUAUUGUCCGGGGCGGGAUAGUGUGUAAAUCAAUCAAGCAGCUAAAGGAUGUCAACAACUGGCUAUCCUCUAGUGGCCACCUCGUGCAAGCCAAGAACAGAUUCUUGGAGCCUGUUUUCAAUGGAUACCGCGAUUUGCUGUACCACGUUUCCAUUCCUUACCAGGAUGCAUUGGUCCACAUCUGCGAGAUCCAGGUGCACCUCGAGGACAUUUACGUCAUGAACAAACAGUUCGGAACGAUCAAACACUAUGAGUACUUCCGAUCUUGCUUUGCCAAUCCGUCGAGGUCUCAAGAAAACACGCUCUCGGAUCUAUCCAUGAUGAACGAACAUGGCAAGAUCGCGGGGCGGCUGAUGAAAAUGCUGCUAAAAUCGACAGACAUUGAACAACUCCGGUUAUUUGCAGGGCUCUGUCGUGGCAAUUUAGACGAAUUCGACCGGUCCCUCGAGUUGUACAGACGUAUACUCCAUCUACAGGAACAAUCCCAUGGCCCUGAGGACCAAGAAUUGGCUACGACGUAUCUAAACAUUGGACUGGUUCUUGGUGCCCUAGGCGAUACCGAUGAGUCGCUGCUCAACUUAUUGAAGUCUCUGGCCAUCCAGGAAAACUUUCUAGGCAUGGAACACAUCGAAGUCGCAAACACUUAUGUCGAAAUCGGGCACAUGCUUGUCAAACGGGGGGAUUACUCCGGCGCUUAUUCCCAGUACCAACGGGCACUAGUGAUCCGAGAAAAAAAGCUGGGUAAAGAUCACUUUCUCGUUAUCAAAUCGCUUCAGGACAUUGGAUUGGUGCUGCAGAAAAAAGGYGAUUUCGAGGAGUCGGAGACUGAGUACCGUAGGGCACUAGGUAUCCAGCAGCAAGUGCUUGCUGAAGGGCAUCCAAAUGUGGCCACAACGCACUCGUUGAUUGGGACAACGCUGAGCCUCUAUGGUGACUACGAAAAGGCCAUGGCGGAACACAAGCUGGCCUUGUCGAUACGURAAGAGAAACUUGGGAAAAUCCAUUCGAACACAGCGGAUUCCCACAGCGCCAUUGGCGUUGUUCUAUACCACCUGGGCGAUUUGAAGUCGUCCCGGUGGCACCAUAAGAGGGCCCUUUGGAUCAGAGAGUCCGUGCUCGGCAAGAAUGACAUUGCUUGUGCCGCAUCACACUCCGCUCUGGGCGAAAUCCUGAGCUGCUGCGAAGACGAUGAGGGAGCUGUGAUCGAACUCAAGCGGUCUCUGAACAUUUUGGAGACCAAUGUCGGCAUGGACAACCCAGUGACAGCCGGCUCCUAUUUGGAGCUGGGUGACAUAUAUUCCCGACACGGGAAGGAUGACGAUGCCUUGGCGCAAUACCGAAAGGCAAAGGUCAUUCGGGAAAGCAUUCUGGGGCAAAACCAUCCCGAUACAGCCCUUACGUACAUGUGUAUGGGAAAGGCUCUCGGGAAGAUGGGGAAAGGAUACCACGAAGAGGCCCUUGCAAUGCACAAAAAGGCAGUUGUGGUAUUCGAAUCCAUGCUCGGUGACACGCAUCCUGUGACCGCCACCGGGUACUCUUUGAGAGGGGAUACCUUCGCGUCCAAUGGGUUCCUUGAAGCGGGCCUGAAUGAACACCAAAAGGCAUUAAAAAUACGCAAGACUGCCCUAAAGGUKGGUCACCCAGACAUUGCCGAGUCAUGGGCCCGAAUCGGUAACCUGCAGCUUGCGGAUCCGGGGGAUGAAGCAUCCUUCGCCCCCAAGAAUGCUUGCUACAGUUUCCGUCAGGUUCUCACGAACCUCGUUCACCGUUGUGGCGAAGACCACCCUGAUACUGCCAUGGCUCAUGUCGAUGUGGCUCGUUCCCUGCUUGURCUGGCGGAAGAGACGACGUUGGAGACGGACGAACGGGAAGGCUUUUGGGAUGAGGCCACAGGGCAGCUCCGAACUGCGCUAUCAAUCUUCCGAACGAUGGAUCCCUCCGUUGGGAAACACAACAACAGCGAUAGCAAUCUCAGCAAYGACUCUGGUAGCGCGAGCGAGAACUAUCGGGACGAAGCUGUUUUGGGCCGCACCUGCGUGACCCUCGCCACGAUCCUCGAAACGAGGGGCAACGACGAAGACGAAGAAGAAGCCCAAAAGCUCUAYACCGAGGGGCUGGAGUGCCUCACUUCGUGGCUGGGGGAAGACCAUCCGGAAACAAAGGGUGCGAAAGAAAAACUUUUAGCGUUUCGUUCCACACGGAGCGGCCCUUCCUCGUAGAUGKCCACUGGUUUCUGGUUCUAGUUGCUAAAAUUGGUGAUUGUACUAWUACUCUUAAAUAUUUUGUGAUA